GUCAGAAUCCAAUCCGAAUCGAAACCAACAGCAAGCAAGAAGACACCAAGACACACAUGGGCCGUUCCCGUUCCUCUCGUCCUGCCGCUCGCCCGGCCCCUCGCCGCGCUCCGGCCCCAGCCCAGCCGCGUCGCCCCGCACCCGCACCCGCCCGCACACAGGCUGCUCCCCCUCCGGCCCAGCAGAGCUCCAGCAGUGGCGGCGGUAUGAUGAGCGGCCUCAUGGGCACGGUGGCCCAGGGCAUGGCUUUCGGCACGGGCAGCGCCAUUGCUCACCGCGCCGUGGGCGCUGUUGCUGGCUCGUUCUCGGGCGGCUCGGAUGCUCCGCAGCAGCAGGAGGCUGCUCCGGCUUCUCAGGACUAUCAGGCCACGCAGCCCCCGCAGCAGGACCACUGCGGUCCUGACCAGAAGGCCUUCCUCGAGUGCCUCAACAGCAACAGCAACGACAUCAGCUCCUGCCAGUUCUACCUAGACCAGUUCAAGCAGUGCCAGAUGCAGCAGCAGAACACCUUCAUGUAGACAAACCGAUCUGCUAAGCGCUUUUUGACGAAGAUGCGAGCGUGACACCACCGUACGCGGAAUAUCGACGAGUCCUUUUCAGAAUGGAUGCGUGGGUAAUUUUUGCAGUGUGAAAUAGCGGCGAGGUAAUGCGAGCACCAGACAGCAACACAAAUAAAUAAACUGCAUGUGCAACAUGCACGGGUUUACAAUUACCUAUCCUAUUCUACUGUAGGUUCUCACUCGUUUGU